GAACAGUUUAGCGGGCUGCAGUUUGUAUGUUUGUGUGAGUGUGUGUGCGAAACCCAAGCAGCUCUGUUAAACGGAUUAAAGUUAGUGGAGUUAGUGCACAACCGUGAUAAAAACCAUGGCUGUUGAAUGUUUAGGCACUGCUUCUGCCAGGCUCUUAUUUAACACGCAUAUUUACUGAGCUGCGGGAUGAAGAGCAGAAAACAGAGGACCGUCAGAACCGGAGGCAGCAAAAAGAAAGUCCCCAGCGAUGUGCCCCCCGCCACCAGCCUCCCUCCUCUGGUCGAAGGCCAGCUAAGAUGCUUCCUGCGGUUGACCAUAAGCAGGGUAUUAUGGACAGUUCAUAAGCCUCCACCUGCAACAUUUGUGAGGCUGCGCUGGUGGGGAGAGUCCUCAAACGGGACACACUUCUUCCCGAGAGAUGGCUCACAGCCGUCACAGAAGACCAUCAAGACCACAGCUCGCUUCCCUAUCCGCUGUGGACCAAAGCAGUUCACCUCAUAUCUUACAGAUAUGGGCUCCCUGGUGCUGGAAGUUCUGACAAAACCUGAUCAUCUGCCGAUCGCAAGGGCUCAGGUUUCGGGUAUCUCUCGCCUCUCUCUGUCCCACCCCAUCAGUGGAUUUUACACCCUUAUAUCACCUACAUCUGACAAGCUGGGAGAGUUACAGGUUUCCCUUAAUCUGGAGCCUCUGACAGAAGCCUAUGACAGCAGCAGCUCUUGUCCCAUCACAGAUAUUAGUGUUGAAGGACCGCAAGUAACCAAACUGAAUGUGCCCUCGCAAACCAGACCACUCUCCGCCGUCAGCAGCAGUGGAAACACUCCAAGAGGGAAAGACCACUUGUAUUUCCAAAAUGCACAGAAGGACAAAGAAGAAUCACUGGAGAAUCAGAUGCCGACAACAGACAAAUCUCCAAACAGUCAAACGGCCAUGAAUCCUUCAUGUAGACAGCUCUGUGGUCAAACCACCAAUGAUAUUCUUUCAGUUAUUCUGGAGCGUGGAAACAAGCUUAGAAACGCAAUGGUUGUAUCAACUUUAAAAUGUGACAUGGAUUCUGCUCCGGCUCUGAAAGACACCCCUCUACCUCUCCCAAAGGAAAACAUCCUGCCAUCUUCAAAGCCCGUCCCGUCUCCCUCUGGGAUGUUCCUUCAAAAUAUUCUUCAUGCUGAUUCAACUCUCAAGCACUCUGAGGAUGUUGCUGUAGUUUCAGACUGCAGCUUAGACUGUCCUAUGGACAUGGAUAACAGAGCUGUGCACCUGCUCCUCGGCAGCUUGAACACAUCUCCUUUGCCUCUCUGGGAUGGAGAUGGCUCCUUCCCUGAAUCUCUCUCUGGCCACAGCAGUGUGUGUGGGGACAGUGAGCUCAAUGAUCCACAAUAUGACCAGAGCUUACUGGAACAUUUGUUCUACAAAACUCCUAUGUCGGAUAUCAAACCAGACGACACUGAGCCAGAGGGUCAAGGAACAAUGUCACUAAGUAAAAAACAGCUGACACAGUCUGCACCCAAGAUGAGUGAACGUCCUAACUCAGAGCCUCAGCGGUGUACAGAUGCUGCUGGUAUCCCUCCUGGUUUGAGUGCAGAGCAGUUCACUUUGCUGAGUUUGAUCCGGCUUGCGAGAGUCACCAUCGACUCUCUUAUUGUACCUACAGGAAGUACAACCACCACACCUAGAAAACCCUCUAGUAAAGGGAAACCUCCUCGACCGUUAACCAGCAAAAAGUGCACAUAUUUUGUAGAGUAUCUGUUCCCGACGGCCUCAACUUCCAGUCGACAUGAUCGUAGUAAGGGUGGAGAUGGAGAGGUGACCACAGCUGUUGCCAGUAAAGUUGCAGGUGGAGCGGUAAAGUUCCAUCAGCGAUCUGUGUUUCCUGUCAACUUCAGUACAGCAGCAGUAAAAAAAUGGUGGGGAACUGAUCUGAUUUUCAAGAUUUACUCACGAAGGAGCGACCAAAAGAAACCUGUUCCCAUCGGCAUGGCGAUCCACCCGCUGCGCUGUCUGCUGGAGAGCGAGCAGCUGAGUCAGUCUGUCCUCUUACCUGUACAGAGGGUGGAAGCGAACAGUGAAACACAGGAGAUUGGACCCCUCAGGGUGUCGCUAGAACUUGCUACACACAAUAAAGAUUUCUCCACUGAACAAAGUAAAAGCAAGCUGGCUCGGAGAGAUGCAUCGCCUUCUCAAACUGCACCCAGUCCACAGAGAGAGAGCAGCUCCAGAUCUCACCAUGCUGACAUUGAGAGGGACGAGCUACCUGCUGGAUCUUUUGAAGAACCCACGCUGAAUGCUUGGAGUCCUCAGAAACACUCAAAGGAACCUUCUCCUCAUCUCGGCCUCCGAACAUCUCACAGAUCACAGCUACAGGUGGAGGAGGAUCCUGAGGUUCUGCUGCAUACGUUACUCAUGGUGCCCGAUGGAAAGAACUUGCCCAUGCAGGCUCCAAACGUGUACCUGAACUGUAAACUCUGGUGUGAUGAGACAGCGAGAUCUGUCGUCAGCUGGGGGCAGGCAAAUCCUUCCUUUAACUUUGUUCAGGUGACCCCUGUGGCCUUAACUACUAAGCUGCUGGAGCGGAUGAAGAAUAACGUGAUAGUAAUCGAGGUGUGGCAGAAGACGGGAAGUUCAGGGCAGGAUCGACUCCUCGGCCUCGUUAAAUUACCUCUCCACCAGUUCUACAUGUCAUUUAGGGAUCCAAAGAUUGCCCACCUUCUUCUCCAGGCGCAGUACCCUGUUUUAGGGGUGGACUGCUACAUGCCGCUCAUUGAUGUGUUCUCAGGAAGCUGUAAAGGACAGCUCAGGGUAGUUUUGGCUAUGGGCCGAUCAGAGCAGAUAGCUGCCCUCCAGCGCACGAGGGAUGAAGAAUACGACUGCUUACCUCAUCUCGUGAGACCAGUUCACCUGCUGGAUCACCAGUCUCAUUCACCAAAAAAGGUUAUUGCACCUCAACAGGAAAGUAUGAGAGAGCAUGUGUUUGUGAUAAGAGUGGAGAAGGUAGAUGGGCUGACCCCUCUGCAGUCUACAGUGUGGGGCGAGGCUGACUGCUACGUCCAGUACAGCUUCCCCUGUCAGGAGGCUGACCCUGCUGCAAAAGUGGACCAGAACCUCAUAGAGAGUAGCGUAAACCUGAAGCCGUUCCGUACCACCACCACUCUCUGCGUCCCGGACCCUGUGUUUGGCCACACUGAGACUCAUGUGCUCCUGGCUCCUGAAGGACUUCCUGUUCAGAGGCUGCUGCUUAGCUCUCUUUCGACUAAAGGCCUAAGCAGCGGAGGGGGUGUCCAAUUUGAAGUCUGGUGCAGAUACUAUUAUCCAAACGUUCGAGACCAGCUUGUGGCCAGAGGAAUGCUUCCUUUGUCCAAGCUGUGUGCCAUGGUCACCAUGCAGAGACAGCAUCCUAAUGAGGCUCAAAUGUUCUCCCUGCCCCUGAUUCCCAGGACGGACAGUCCCAUUGCACACCCGCCUCAGCCCUCAGGAUUACUGGAUGUGUGCAUUCGGUACAAGCACCGACCGGUGAGACCUGAAGGUCAGGCUGGUAAAGGAGCGGCCUCUCGUGUUGUGACCCUGGUGGUUCAGGUGCACAGAGCAUCAGGUCUGCAGGCUGCAGCAAGGGUUUUAUCAGAACAAGAUGACAGAUUCAGCUACUUUGCUGGUGUGGGAGUAAACUCGUUCAUCACGGUGGAGCUCUCGUUCUUGCCUGAGAGUGAGAGGAGGUGCACCCGUGUCGCUGCCAGGACCUUCUGCCCUGAGUUUGACCACCACAUGGAGUUGUCCUGCGAUCUGCUGCUUCAGAGGAGCAGUGGAGAAACCUGCAGCUUAGCUGAGCAGCUGGAAGAAGCCUCUGCUGUCUUCACUGUCUGGAACAGAGACAGUCGCAAAGCAGUCCACACUCAUAAGCCUAAGGAUGCGAUGUUGGGCUCAGUGAAAAUACCUCUUGCUGAUCUCAUCCAUAAAAGAACAGGUAUUUCAGGCUGGUUUGGAGUGUAUACACCUCAGGAAACAAGUUCUUCUUCUCAGCAGCAGCACAUCUUGGUCGGAGGCCUUGAAAUCUCCGUCAGCUUCGCCCACCACUCAGACAGGGAAAGAGUGAUAAAAGCUGCUCAGGGUUUGAGCUGGGAAAUGGCCCAGAAUGACAUGCAAGAGGAUGAAGAAGCUUGGGGAGACGGCAUGAGAAAAAUGUCUUUAACUGUUUCGAUUCCUAGAGCAUGGAUACCGGUCCACUGCUUGCUUCUGCCGGGCCUCAGUGAGCUGGAGCGCUCCACCUACUGCUACUUCAGGUACAAGUUCUACGACCAGGAAGCCUUCUGCUCUCAGAUGAAACACCCCUCUGUAGAGGAGGGGGGGCAGGCCACGGUGACCUUCCAGGGAAGUAGAGCAGUGGAGCUAAGGAGCACUCAGCCCUUGAUGUGGUAUCUACGAGAGGAGAGGCUGGAGGUCCAGCUGUGGGUCGCAUUUUCAAAAGAUAAAUCCCAGAGGCCUAGAGACACUGAUCGACUGGUGGGCUCAGCGUUUGUUGAUCUGUCCUCUCUUGCAAAGACGCCGAAGCAGAAGUUUACCAUCAGUGGAGUGUAUCCGCUGUUCAGGCCUUCAGCAGCAGAUCUACAAGGGGCUGCUAUCAGGGUACACAUCGCCAUGACAGCAGGGGAUGUCCCAGUGGAGCUCCCUGCUGGAGUUACCACUCAGGUGGACUGGGACAGCCAGGGGGAGCUCCUAUCAGAGGAGGAAGCAGCAGAUUGUAUCACUUCGCCAGCUACACCAAAACAACCACAAAGCACACACAAGAAUAAGUCCUCCAGAACAACUCCAGACAUCACACGUGUGCAGCAUACAGAAAUGAGCACGGAGGAAUCUUUCCCUGUGACUGUAGCAGUGGAUCGAGCUAUGCACCUGAAUCUGAAGGGCUGUCCUCUGGCAGAGCGCAGUGAAGGGUCGCCGUGCUGCUGUGUUUCCUACAUCACUGCCGACUCUGCUGAACCAGUGUCCACUGCUGUCUUAGCCAACACCGACUGCCCUGUGUGGGACCAUCAUCAUGAGUGCAGGCUUACAAAUGAGCUACUGCUCGAUCCACAGCAACAUCUCGUGUUCAAAGUCUGGCACAAAGGAGAAACGGAGAGGGUGAUUGGAUUUGCGUCUGUAGACCUGUCCCCCUUACUCUGUGGGUUCCAGUUGGUGUGUGGUUGGUACAACAUCACAGACUUCAGCGGUCAGUGUCACGGCCAGCUCAAAGUGUCAAUCAUUCCUCUAAAGGGGGUCCAAGACCUCCGUGGACGGAGAAAGGCUGUGAAUGAAGAAACUGCCAAAAACUCACCGAAGGAUUUAUUCCAGGCACUCCCUGUCAUCUACCAUACCACAGCCACCUACAGCAGCUUCCCCUCUCACAUCAGCCAGCACACAGAGCAAAAGAUCUCAUCACCCGACAUCACGGAGAGGCUGUUCUCUGAAAGGUCCAGUGAGAGUGACCGCCACUUUGAGCACAUGGACAAAGUGCGUCUGUACCAUCAGAGUCUGCAGGAGCAAACAGCAGCUCCUUCUGUCUGCAGCAGCAGCUCCUUCCUGUUUUCAGCACUCAGGAAAAAACUAAGUGAGCUCGACAACAUCCAGAGAUACUUCAGCCGUAAGCUUUCAACUCCCACAUUCCCGCCCACUAGUGAGCCGGACUGUCAGACCAGCCAGGAGGAGCAGAGGGACUCGGAGACAGACACACGGCAGCUUCUUCUCAAGUCCAAACACUUAGUUGGACAAGCAGACAAUAUCAUUAGCGGUCUGCGAGGAUCCCACCUGGAAACAAUUCCUUCAGACCACCUAAGCAGCUCAGCAACUUCACUUGUUGGAGACAACAACCCUCAAACUAUCCCGGAGAGUGUCUCCAGUCCACGCAGAGCUUCACAUUUAUUCCAGGAAGAGGAAGAAGAAGAGGAAAAGGUGUCACUCCUGCACUCGCCACUGCCAAAGACGUCUGAAGCCCAGUCAGACUCUGAGCCUGAGGGAGAGAAGGACGAACGGAGCUACACGCUUACCGUGUCAGAAGAUGAAAACGAAGAAGGAGCAGACCAAGAUGGUACAGGUUGUUCACAGGAUGAAGAAGCUGAUGAUGAUGAAGAUUACGAUGAGGUUGUGGUGAACCCGAGGCCUCUGAACGAGGUGACUUCGUUAACGGACAAAACCAGCCCUUGGACCAGCAUCAUGUCAGAGCCUGACCUGGUGUCUGUGGAGAGCCCUGAGCCACCAGAGGGGCCCGAUCUGAGAGAGGAUGAGGACGAGGAAGAGGAAACGGUAGAACUGCUAACCCAUAGUGGAGAUGAGAGCAGAGAAGAAAGUGAACAUCAGCAAAGUGACAGUUUUAAUGGAUCAGCUGGAGACUCUUCAGACACAGACGGUGAAAGGACAAUACCAUUUUUAGCCGAGAGACCACCGAAAGAACCCAGCAGCCCCAACGAAGGGUCAGGUGACCGAGUUCCUUCACCCACCACACUGCACGCCACAGAUACCCAUGAUGCUUCAUGCUCCCUGGACCAUCAAGAUGUUCCAACCCAACUCUCUGCCCCUGUGGAGGUUCCUAAUUUCUUCCUUCCCUCUCACCAACUGGAGGCCUCCAUGAGAGUCAUACGUUUAGCUCCUUCUUUCUCCAACAAGGCUACUGACCCGGGGCCUCACAUUCCAAAUCACAGAGGUCCUCGACAGCGUCCCAACAUGUCCCCGUCAUCCAUGAAGAAAGAGACUGAAAGAAUAGCAAAAAUAUUUUCAGCCCACUUUGAAGGCAAUCACUAGUGGUGCUCGAAAUGUGGACAGCUGGGUGAUUUUAAAUAAUGUAAAUUCAAGGUGACAUUUGUAUUUUUAUAAAUAAAUAUUAACUGUCCAUUGUUGCAACACUGGAUACCUUUU